AUGGAGACAUCCACCUCAUCCAAGGCAGCCAAGGCCAACACCACCUUCUCUCUGGCCUUGUUUAAAAAGCUGAAUGAUGACGACAAGACAGCGAACAUCUUCUACUCCCCUUUCAGCAUCUCUUCAGCCCUGGCUAUGGUGAUGCUGGGGGCCAGAGGAAACACAGCCACGCAGAUGUCAGAGGUCCUUUGCUUCACUGAGUCAGAGCAACCGAAGCAGGAGGAUGCAGAGCAGAUGCAAACGCAGUCGCCGAUGCUGUCGCAGAUGCAGUCGCAGAUGCAGACUCGGAUGCAGUUGCGGUCUCAGUUACAGCGGACCAGCAGACUGCCAAACUAUCUGGUCAAGUGCCUGAAACCCCAGAAUGGUGAAGACGAUGUCCACGCUAGCUUUGCCCAACUGCUGAGUGAGAUCAAAAAGGAAGAUGCUCCAUAUGCCCUGAGCCUUGCCAACAGGCUCUACGGGGAGCAGUCCUACCAGUUUGUUGAGGAUUUCUUAUCAGAAACCAAAAAGCAUUACAACGCUGAGCUGGAGUCUGUGGACUUCAAAACCAGCGCAGAUGCAGUCAGGAUCAACAUCAAUAGCUGGGUGGAGAAGCAGACGCAAGAAAAAAUCAAGGACUUGCUGUGCCAGGGUGUGGUGGACAACACGACCAUGCUUGUCUUGGUCAAUGCCAUCUACUUCAAAGGCAACUGGAACAAAAAGUUCAAGGAGGAUUCUACUGUUGAUGCUCAGUUUAGAAUUAACAAGAAUGACACCAAGUCGGUGAAGAUGAUGUCCCAGACUGAUAAAUUCCCUGUCACCUCCAUCCCGGAGGCCAACUGCCAGAUCCUAGAGAUGUUCUAUGAAGGGAAGGAGCUAAGCAUGCUCAUCAUCCUGCCCAAUGAGAUAGAGGACGACACAACAGGCUUGGAGAAGCUGGAGAGGGAACUUACCUAUGAGAAAUUUGAGGAGUGGACUCGUUCGGACAUGAUGGGUCAAACUAAGGUUGAGGUGAGGCUGCCUCGAUUCAAGAUGGAGGAGAAGUAUGACUUGAAAGAUGUUCUGAUCAGCAUGGGCAUGGUGGACGCUUUUGAUGUCACAAGGAGUGACCUUUCCGGUAUGUCCCCAGCAAACGACCUGGUAGUGUCAAAGGUCGUCCACAAGGCUUUCGUGGAGGUCAACGAGGAGGGAACAGAGGCUGCUGCUGCCACUGGUGUGAUCAUAACGGAACGCUCUAUAAUUAUUCCUGCCACAUUCAUCGCAGACCACCCCUUCUUGUUCUUUAUCCGACAUAACCCCACCAAGACCGUUCUCUUCUCAGGCCGAUACUGCUCCCCUCAGUGAGAACCACUGUACCCCCUGCAGACAUGGACGGAUUAUGAGACAAUGGGCCCCUUAGCACAGACAUGUAAAGGGCCCCGAACCCAUCCUACGUGAGAGCAAGAGCCACAGAUUUAAAAAGACAUCUUUUUGGUCAUUUUGCAUCUCUUUUAGAUGUAUUGCUUCUUUGUGGUUGGAUCCUGUCUAUUGGUUGUUCUGUGUCUCUCUUUGGUCAUUUUGCAUCUCUGUGGUUGUUUUACGUCUCUUUUUGGUAGUUUCGCAUCUCUUUUUGAGAGUUUUGCAUCUCUUGCAUCUCUCUCAUGUCCAUUUGUAACUUCCCAACAAGAAUGAUAGCAGAAACCGCAGAAAGAUCUGUGCCCAGUAGCCUCAUUCAUUAGUCCAUGCCUGUAGGGCAUAGUGAUUCAGCCGGG